AUGUUCCUGAAAUGGUCCAAUCACAAGUCAAGCUUCUUGGAGGUCUUAGACUACCUCCUGGAAAGAGGUCUAUUUGUCGAUGUCACACUUGCUUCGGAAGAAGGGGAGAAGUAUGCUGUGCACAAGAUCGUUCUUUGUGCCUGUAGUCCUUACUUCCAGAAGCUGUUGGCUGAUAACCGUUGCGAGCAUCCAAUUGUGAUCCUAAAGGAUGUGAAGAGCAAGGAGAUGCGUGCUCUCAUUGAGUUCAUGUACAAAGGAGAAAUAUGUGUAGCUCAGUCGGAUUUGGAUUCCCUACUCCGGACUGCUGAGUGCCUCCAGAUCCGUGGCUUGUGUGAAACUCAAACUUCAAGUACAAAUCUGGAAUCUCAGGAAGUGACUGACUUCAGCGAACAAACUCACAUCCCUCAUCAACCUCUGAAACGGACCCUUCUUCCAAGUGAUGUCAGUGUGCCCGGACCUGGAGGGAAGCGUUUCCGAAGCCCUGCCACUUCCUGUCUUCCCAUGGCACUUUCUUCUCCAAUCUAUUCAGGUUUCCAUCCUCCGUUCUCCCCUAUGAGCAACGGGUUUACUGCUGAGGGUUCUUCUCAGGUGGCUUUGUUCAGUGGCCCAUCAGUAGUGAUGUCAGAAGGGGGAAGUCCAAAGCCCUCAGCUGGGUCCUCAGAUGACACACCCAACUCAGGAGAUCGCAUUGCUGGGACUGCUACCUUGGUACCUGAAUCACUCUCAGGUUUAGAAGAAAGAGAGAAAUCUAAUGAGGAGAAGGAAUCAUGGAAAGAUCAAUGGGGUGACCCAGAAUGCAGACCAGAGAAUCUCAGCAUCAAAAGGGAAGAAAAUGACUCAGAACAGAGCAUGUCUCCACCUCAAUCAUCUCAAUCUCAGGGCGAUAUUACUAUUGGUACCAAUGCCAGUUUGGCUGCUGCUUCAUCUCAACCCUCUCUUGCUCAUGAACGACCUGCAUCCUCUCCUUCCAUGGGAGCAAGCACAAGUACAGGAUCUGGAUCAGCAAGUUCAAAUCAUAUCUGGGGUUCAGUUGGUGUGGAGAAUUCAGCAUCAAGUUUCUACCAUGCCAACUCAUUGUAUGCUGAGCGUCUUCGCCAACAUUUCACUCAAAAUUUUGACAUGAUGUAUCGACUACUCAGGGACCAGAGCAAAGAUAUUGUUGGAUUUCACCAUUGCCUGUUCUGCGGGAAGCAGAUCCGAGAUGCAUCCAACUUCAAGAAACACUUACGCACGCAUACGGGUGAGAAACCCUACCCAUGUAGAAUCUGCGGUCGUGCAUUUUCUCGCUCGGAGAACCUCAAGAUGCACAUGAGGAAUCGCCAUCCCACAUUGGUCCCUUCCCCAAUUCUACCUCCUCCAUCAUCACAGGGAACUGCCUCUCGACUGACACCACCAACUGAUCCGGAGCAAUUGGAAUUUAAGUACAAGCACUCAAAAAAGUGGAUGAACAAGGCUGGUCUGGUAGUAGUUGGAAGUGAAGUGGGAACAUGGCACAGUAUCCUGCAACUGGAGUCUCCAAGAACCCACCUUGGGUCAGAGCAGGGGAUGAAAAUGGAAGGACGCCCAGUAACCUUGCCUCAAGUCCCCCCUCUUGCCAGUGGCUUAGGAGCUGCACCUGGCAUUGGGUCUCCAUAUGGAUCUCAUGUCACGGGUGGAGGGAUUGGUCUGGAUCCAUUCAGUCAGGUCCUCCAAUCACAUCAUCCUCUCCAGCGUGUCUUCACUGGUACUAUCACCAAGAUGGCUGAAAACAAUAAGCAGGGAUUCGUUAACAAAACUGUAUUUUUCCAUGAUAGUAAUUUGGUUGGAACAAAGAAGGCCAAAGUUGGUGACAAGGUCCUUGUGGAAGCUGUGUACAACCCAAAUGCACCAUUCCAAUGGAGUGCCACUCGAGUCCAGUUCCUCAGUACAGAUGGUGCUGCUCAUGGCCAAGAGAGAGAUGGGGACAUGUGUAGUCAUGGGAAACAUCCACGUCAUUCACCACUUAGUCCACACACUCAAAGUGACACUAUUCCCAAGACCAACAAGCAUCACUCAAAGUCUCCUUCUCAACGUUCCCGCAAUCAAGAUCAAGAUCAGCAUCAGUCUCGAUCUUCUGAACAUCAUGGGGAAGAAUCACGACCUGUAUCUUCUCAGACUGGUGUUAGGAGCCGCUGGAAGGGAGGUCGUACUCUGACUCCUCGAUACAAUGUCACCAUACCUCGAAUUGACUUUUCCCUGAAGGAGUGUGGGGUGAUGGAAUUGAAGAGGCGUUAUACAAAUCUCUACAUUCCUUCUGAUUUCUUUCAAGGGAAGCUAUCAUGGCUGAGCACAUUCCCUACAAAGAGCCCCUUCCCUCUUGGUGUCUCUCGGGUCCCAUUUUUCAUCCUCAACAAGCAAUGUGUUCAGCCAAUUUAUGCCAAUGAUGAAAAACUAUUCCCUCCAGAUGCAGACUAUUCAUAUUCUGCUAAGGUAAUGCUGCUGUCCUGUCCAGUUCUCUGGGAUCUCUUCCAGAUGUGCUGCAGCCUUGCUCAAGACUCAGAUGACAUUCGAUCUGUGUUUCUCCAUCCGGCUCGUGCCAUCAAGUUCCUGGUAGGAACAAGAGGGCGGAGUGAAGUGAUGGCCAUUGGGGGUCCAUACAGCCCUGCUCUUGAUGGCCCUAACCCAGGGCAGAAUCCUCUCACACUCAUAAAAACAGCAAUUCGCACAACCAUGGCUCUUACUGGCAUUGACCUCUCUGCUUGCACGCGAUGGUGUUAUCCCAGAUUUCUCUCCAUCAGGUAUCAGUUCCUGGAAGUGAAUUAUCACCGCAGUGAUGAGGAGGUGGUGGAAAGGGUGGUGAUGUUUAUUCCUGACCUGUGGAAUGCUCUCCCAUCUCUUGAUGACUACCAACAACUUCUUCCUCUAUACCAGGAGCAGCUGGAGACUAAACUGCGUGGUGAUGUCUAUCAUCCACACCAUCGUUCAUCCCUCAACCAGGCAUCUAGCUUCAUCAGUUUCCUUGUGCCUCUCACAUUCUAUCACUCUAUCCAGCUUUUCCUCUCUUUUGUCUCCUUGAAAUUGAGUCCUGCCCAGGGAGUUUUGGAGGGACAAGAAACUUGUGGAAAAAGGAUGGAGGGACCACAGGAGGAAGUUCAUGAAGGACCUUCUUUGGGCUCUCCUCCUGCUCCUGCUUCAGGAGGUUCUGAAAGAAGUCUAAGACGACGAGGUGUCUCCAGCAAUGCCUCUAAAUCCUCUCCCAGGACUCCUCCCAGUUUGGAAAAUGACCUCAAACAUCUAAAGAUCUCUGACUUGCGUCGUCAACUGGAAGAACGUGGGCUAAGCCCAAAAGGUCUGAAGACACAAUUGAUCAGCCGCUUGGCAAGGGCCAUCCAGGAAGAUAUGGAGGGUGAGAAAAUGGGGGUGGGGGAAAGACUGGAGAAAAAUCAGGACACAGUAGGAGGAGAAGGUGAAGCUGGAAAUCUGGAACUGACAGAUGCUGAUAAUCUAGAACAAGAGGCAGAUCAGGAUGGAACCCAUGGAAAGGACCAUAAUGUUGACACAGCUGAGGGUCACAUUGAAACUCAAGGACCAGAGUCAGGAAAUGUGGUGUAUAUGAAGGAGAUAAAAGAAGAGGUUGGAGAUGUGGACAGGAAAAAUCAAGAAGUUGAUAAAGAUUUGGACAAAGAAGAGAGGGAUCGAUUGGAAAAGGCAUUCAAACUUCCUCCCACACCACACAUUUUGGUUCAUCCAUCUCCAACAGCUAAGUCAGGCCAAUUUGACUGCUCCCUCAAGAGCCUGUCUGUCCUCCUUGAUUAUCGACGGGAUGAUGCCAAGGAACAUUCCUUUGAGGUGUCUCUAUUUGUAGAGCUCUUCAAUGAAAUGCUUAUCCGGGACUUUGCAUGCAUCAUCUAUAGGGUAUUACUGAAGAAACUGAUGGACAAAGAGAAAAAACAGAAUGGAGAGGAGAAAGAAAUAGACAAGGAGAAACAAGUGAAAGAGAAAGAGGGGAAUGGGACUCACAAGGACAGGAAGAUGUUGACAGUGAGGCCAAAACUCCUCUUGGCUUUUGUCUACUUUGACGUCAAUCAUUGUGAUUACAUUCAUGAAAAGGACCUGGAGGAAAUCCUCCUUCUGGCUGGCAUGGAUCUCUCUCGUGCUCAGGUUGUCAUCUCUUCCUUAUUGCUCUCUUUGCCAUCAAAGUCAUUAUUCUUGAAUGCUGAACAAGGUAGCAUUGUAUUGCAGGCCAGAAAAUUGGUGUCUUGUGUGGCCUCUGGAGGGAAAGUGUAUUAUCGAGAACUCACUGAUGAAGAGGAUACUGGAGACAACCAAGAACUGGACGACACCUCCCUUUUGGAUAUCCUUGCUCAACCUCUGGAAGAAGAGAGUGAAAAAAAGGACCAAGAUGAGUUCAAGGUGAUGUAUGGAGGGAUGGUGGUAGAUGUGGAGAAGCUUCAGGCAACCUUGACCAGGACAGAAGCAGCCCAAAUUGCAGCUGUGGCUCGUGUACAGGACCUACAGCAACAACUCGAAAGUGUGAAGAAGGAAGCAGGGCAUGUGGAGUCAGAGAGAAAGUCCCUGCUGGAGGAGAACCGGGACAUCAGAAGACGACUGCAUGAGGCUGAAGAUCAGCUAACAAAAUACAUAAUGGCCGUGAAGGAGGUUGGAAAAGCUAUCAAUCCCCUUCUUCCCAGUGAAUCACAACACUCCAAAGACAGGGAAGACCAACUCAUGACCUUGACUGAAGAAGUGAGACAAGAAGAGGAAUCCUCUCCCAAAUCAAGUGUUUCCCACACGUCCCGGAAAGUGAAGUUGACCUACAAGCAUCUGUGCCCCAAGUACAAGAUCACCUCCAAUUCCGACUUCCCGACCGCCAUAGAGAACGUGAAGAUGAAGAUCCAAGCUUGGGGCCUCAGGAUAAGGCGGUACACGAAAAGGGUCAAUUACUUCCGGCAUAACGAGCGCCUCACGAACAACCAGAAGCUAUUUUACAGGGAACUGGGAACGAAACCCAUAGAAGUGAAGAAGAUUCCUGGCAAGGCAGAAGUGGAAGAAUUCUGGUCGGACAUCAUGGAGUGCCCGGUGAACCACAACGUCGAUGCCACAUGGCUCCGACGUCUAGAAGAGAAAGGGUACAAGAAAUUGAAAUCACUUGUCCCCUUCAUGAGUGAAGUCAACUCCAUGGCUUGUAAAGAUAAACUCAUGUACAAGUCUCGACGUCGAAGGUUCGAAACCACAAGUCAUUCAGAAGACUUGAGAGCGGUGAUCUGA